GAAAUAUUGCACAAUCUGGCAACGCUGAGGUACUACAGCGACGAAUAUCCACAGGAAAGUACUACGAUGUACACAGCAGGCCCCGAUACAGUAAUGCUCGGGUCUAGUAAUGCAUACUGAGCGUGUGGAAACCUUCUCUGACCGAGUUAGACGGCCCUUCAUGAUUUGCUGAUCAACCAUUACCAUUUUGCCAAAUGAAAAUGGAGGAGAAAUCCCUGUCAGGCCUGAACGACACCAAACUAGAGGCCUUAGUGGAUGAGAUCUACUGUGACCUGGUGGAAGACGCGUGUUUGGGCCUGUCCUUUGAAGUCCACCGUGCUGUGAAACAGGGGCACUUCUUCCUGGACGACACGGACCAAGAGAGCAUGAAGGAAUUCGAAAUCGUGGACCAGCCGGGCGUGGACGUAUUCGGCCAGGUGUACAACCAGUGGAAGAACAAGGAGUGUGAGUGUCCCAACUGCAAGCGGUGCAUCGCCGCCUCGCGCUUUGCGCCUCACCUGGAGAAGUGCCUGGGGAUGGGCCGGAACAGCAGCCGCAUCGCCAACCGCAGGCUAGCGAACAACAACAACUUGAACAAGUCAGAGAGCGAUCAGGAAGACAACGAUGACCUCAAUGACAACGAUUGGUCAUACGGGGCGGAGAAAAAAGCUAAGAAGAGAAAAGGUGAAAAGCUUCAGAAUUCCCCCAGAAGAUCCAAAUCGGUCAAACACAAAAAUGGUGAGCUCAGUGGCAGUACCAAUGCAGAGCCCUACAAGUACAGCUACAGUGUGGGUAUUAACUACGAAACACUGGGUCCCCAGGAACUGCGCUCUCUGUUGACAACGCAAUGCGGGGUGAUUUCCGAGCACACCAAAAAGAUGUGCACCAGGUCCCAGCGGUGCCCCCAGCACACGGACCAGCAGAGGAGGACAGUCCGGGUGUUCCUCUUGGGGCCCUCAGGGUUACCGUCGCUGGCCAGCGUGGAUGCGGUUGCCGGGGGUAACGGCUACGACGUGGCGGGCGGCGGCCAGGCCCUGAUGAGUCGCCUGCAGUGGGAGGACUCGUCGGAGAACUCCGUGUCGUCCAACUCGAGCGGUCCCAACCCGACAGACCCCCGGAGGCCCAAGAAGAAGCGUCCGUCCUCCACGGCCUACGGCGGCGGCGGCGGCGGCGGCGGCGGCAUGGGGGACCCGGCGGCGGCCCAGCGGGGGGGAGGCGGCGGUCCGACCGGCGCUGGUGGUAGCGGCAGCGCUAGCGCUAGCAGCAGCAGCGCCAGCGGCACCUCUCAGGGUAACCUCGGCUUCUCCAACAAAAACAAGAGGCCGAAGCAGCUGCCGACUGCCUCCAUGGCCUCCCUGUACGACGAGUUCAACUAGACUCUGGGGCCCCGGCGCGUACCCCGGCCUUCUCUUCGUAACAAACGGGAACAUGGAGGGAAAGGACUCUAGAGGUGAAGUGUGGUGCCCUUACAAUAGAGAAGCCCCUUGUGUUCAUCGUUGUGCGCAUUUCUUAUUUUAUUUUAUUUUAGUAUUGUUUUUUACUACAGCAUUGCGGCCCUUCAUAAUGGAAAAGUAAACAGUGGCUGUGGGGGGGGGGGGGUAAUUUGAAUUAUAUCAUGUUUUUUUGUCGGCGUUUGUCCUUGGAUAGGUCUUGCUGGUGUGCAAUGUAGGAUCAGGACUAGUUCUCAGUGUGGAACGGAUUUAUACAUUUGUGUGGCAUUUUGAAGGCUUUGAAAUUGAGCUUGAAUGGACUAACAUGUUUUACUCACACAACGUGUGCAUUGUGCAUCUAUAACUGCAUGGGUGAAAACGCAGAUUUUGCUUUGCUGUUAUUGAGGCUUUCUCUUUUCUUUGCUGUGACGUUAAAUUAAGUGCGUGCGUUGUGUAGAUAUCGCAGGUGUUCAGGGAUUGGUGAGACGUCUGAACACUUAGAAAUAUCAAGAUAAUGAUCUGGAUCUUGAUAACGUUUGAGGAAAUCUUUUGUGUUCAAUCUGAUGGCGAAACAUGUGAACUUCCAUCCAGGAAAGGAUUGUUGCCGUCCAUCAGACCAGGUUUGAGCUCAGCUCUGUACGAGGAAGGCUGUCAUAUUUAAAAGCUUGAUCUCU